AUGGAGGCCGCCUCCAGACCAGGAACCCUGCAGAAGUUGCUACAGCGCCUGGGCACUGAGACAGAGCCACGCAAGCUCUAUCAAACCCUCAAGAAACUCUCUUCCCUACCCAAGCUCUGCGACACCCUGGCAGAGAUUAACUUCAAGCAGACCAUCAAGCUCCUGAGGAACCAGCAGCUCCUGGUCCCCUUUGCCAAGGACUUAGCUGCCCACUUGUCAGAGAGGUCCCAGUUUGGGCCCCAACCUGAGCCAGACCUGCAGAACUUUGCCUUUGAGUUGAACCCGAAGACACAGCCACCCAGAAACUGUCCAGAAGACAAGCCCGGUGAGUACUCAUCAAAGGAACACAGACAAGAUGGAACAGAGGGAUUCAAAGUGAGCAGUACCAGCAAACACUCAAGUCCGGGUCCCAGCCAGUGCCUGAGCCCGAGCCACACCCGGGCCCUGAGACCCUGCCUGAACCCCAGCCCGGGACGGAGACGCAGACCUAGACUAACACAGAGAAAAAGCCCAAGUCCCAGCCCCAGCCCAAACCGGAGCCAGAGCCAGAGACUGAGACCCAGCCCCAUACCAGGAUCAACACCUAGACUGUGUCCAAGACCAAGCACACAAACAAGCCCAGAUCAAAGGAUGAAUCUCAACACAGGGCUGGAGCCAAGAGAAAGAAAGAGGCCCAGAGUGUCCUUAGGGGAACCACAGCUACCUGCACAGAACCAGGGGCAGUUUUCAAAGACCCCAAGAAGUACAGACGAGCCCUGCCUCCUCCAAGCAGACAAGCCGGUCUCCAGCAAGUCAGAUGCUAGGGGAAAGACUCCCGGCCACCGGAUGCAGGAAGAGCACCAGGUUGGUUCUUUGGAGACUUGCCUCAACUCUGAGAGCUCUCCUUCUUCCUCUGCUCUGAAGCUGCAGUUGACUCGCUGCAAGAGUGGGGGGAAAAGCACCUGGGGAGCUGAGGCCCUUAGGCCUGGAGCAAAGGUGCCCCAGGGUAAGUCAGAUAUUUGCCAAGAUCAAAAUGGCCAUGGAGUCGAUGGGUGUCCCCUUGCAGAACAUGCCUUCAGUCUCCAAGCAGGCGUCCCACUGAGUGGCCAGGAACAGACUUCAAUUGACACUGAAGCAGAAGACCCACCUUGGGCAUGCAGAAAGAACCUCAAAACGCCUGUCUAUUCAGGUCGUGCAUGUGACAGGAUCCUGCAGAAAUCCCAGAAAGGGUGCCUUCCUAAGCCCCUUGACUCCCCCUUGCCAAAACGAUGUCAAGGCACAGCUGAACAAACUGAGCCCUGGCAGCUGAAGGCCAGUCCCAAGACACACAUUGGCAAGCCAACUCACAGCCAGACUGAGAGGGCCACAGUCUUUCAGCUGCAGGAGCCCCCUGAGCUGAGGCUGCAAGCCCUGAGAGCCCGCCUCCAAGGUGCGCAAACCAAGAAGCCUGGAGGCCGCCAAACCAAGAUGGUGGCCUUCCAGGCUCAAGCCCCAAGCCCAGGCCAGCAGGCAGAGUCUGGAGCCGGCAGGGGCGUCCUCCUCCAAAAUGAGCAGCACCAGGAGGCCUCUGCCCAAGGCAGCCACGGAGGGCUCCCUACCUUUUGCCACAGCCCGACCGCAACAAGCCCCAGCCUAAGAAGAGACCUGCCCCGCUCAUGGCCAAGGCCCUCAGGGAUUACAAGAAGAAGCUCUCUAGGAGGUGACCCGAGGAUGCUCUCUGCCCUGGAAUUGCGGGCAAUCCUCUGA